GUGGAGGCAAAAAAAGCUGAGCUGCUACUUUUAGACGUUCGUUUGUUGUGUUCUGAAGAAGUAGGAAUUUUAGUUUCCAAGUUUUUUCUGUCUCUUUCUCCUCCUCCUUUCUUCUCUCUCCUCCCAUUUAUUUGAAGAGAAAAGGGUGUGCUUUAAUGGGUCGGUUUGUGUCGUUGAGGUAAAUUCAAUUUCAAUUUCAAUUUCAAUUUCCUUUUUUCUAAUUUUCCAUCACAAAAUGUGAAUUUCGUCAACUUGUUUUAGCUAUUCACACUCUUUCUUUUGUGGGGUCUUUUCCUGAGAUAAGAAGUGUUCAAAAGAAUUUUUAAUAUCCUUCCUCCUCCAAUCUUUUCUGCCCCCUUACCCCUCUCAAAUACCAAUUCUACAAAACCCAAAAAAAAAAAAAAAAAUCUAAGUUUUAUUUUUUAUAAUUUUUUCUAAGUAGGAUAGUAGUGUCAAUUAUCAGUAGUUUGAUUCUGAAUUAUCCGAAUUUCGGACCCAAGAUAGAGUAUCUCUUUUUCCCAGUAUUGGGAAAAUUAUUAUUAUUCUUUUUGAUUGAUAGAAUAAUAAAAGGGGAGAUCAAAAUUUGGUGUGUACAUAUACCGAUCGAUCACAGAUGAGGGGCGGGUUAAGUGCGAUCCAGCAAACCCUAACGCCGGAAGCGGCGAGUGUUUUAAGCCACUCGAUCGCUGAAGCUGGCCGGAGGAACCACGGCCAGACCACCCCUUUACACGUGGCUGCCACUCUGUUGUCGUCACCAACUGGGUUCCUCCGGCAAGCUUGUAUCCGCUCACACCCGAAUUCCUCCCACCCACUACAGUGCAGAGCGUUGGAGCUUUGCUUUAGUGUGGCUUUAGAGCGGUUGCCCACCGCUCAAAGCGGCGGCGGUGGUGGUGGGUCUGGGCCUGAGCCGCCAAUUUCUAAUGCACUUAUGGCUGCCUUGAAGCGAGCCCAGGCUCACCAACGGCGGGGUUGUCCUGAGCAACAACAGCAACCGUUGUUGGCGGUGAAAGUUGAGCUAGAGCAGUUGAUUAUAUCUAUACUUGAUGACCCUAGUGUUAGCCGGGUUAUGCGCGAGGCUUCGUUUUCGAGUCCGGCAGUUAAGGCUGCCAUUGAGCAGGUAGUAAGUAGCCAACCCAAUUCCGGGCCUGGUUCCGGACCUGGCCCCAGAAUUGGGUUGGGGUUCCGCUCCGUACCCGGUCCUUGUCCUACUCCACAGGGUGCCGGAUUACAGAGGAAUUUGUAUUUGAAUCCGAGAUUACAGCAGCAACAACAACAACAGCAGCUACAGCAACAACAAGGGAAUGUAAUACAAGGGAGAGUGGAUGAUGUAAAGAAGGUGAUGGAUAUCUUAUCACGGUCUAAGAAAAGAAACCCGAUCCUCGUAGGCGAAGCCGGCCCGGAAGAGGUGAUGAAGGAAGUGGUUAAACGAAUUGACAAGGACGAAAUACACGACGGGGUAUUGAAAGGGGUGGAAGUGAUUUCUACAGAGAAGGAACUAGGGUCAGAUCGUACACAGUUGCCCACCAAGUUAAAAGAAUUAGGCGCAUUGGUUGAUAGGAAAAUGUUAGUAAAUUGUAAAGGGGGAAAUGGGGUGGUUGUUGAUUUAGGUGACUUGAAAUGGCUUGUUGAUCAGCCUGCUAAUCAAGGCGUUUCUGAGGCGGCUCGAGGGGCGGUCAUUGAGAUGGGGAAGAUGUUGAGGAAAUUUGGGGAAGGGAGUAAAAUUUGGUUUAUUGGGACAGCUACUUGUGAGACUUAUUUAAGAUGCCAGGUUUAUCAUACUGCAAUGGAGAAUGAAUGGGAUCUUCAGGUUGUUUCCAUUGUUGCUAGACCCCCUCUUUCUGGGAUGUUGCCUAGGUUUGGAUCAAAUGGGGGAAUAUUAAGUAGCUCUGUUGAAUGCUUAAGCCCGAUGAAGGGUUUUCCGAUGCCUGCUUCGUCUUUAACGAGGCGGGUUUCUGAAAAUAUGGACCCGUCUAGAAGAUUUAGCUGCUGCCCACAGUGUACAGAGAAGUAUGAUCAGGAGCUUGCGAAGUUACAAUCUUCUGAGGUUAAAUCGGAUGCAACUCAACCACACUCGUUACCUCCGUGGUUACAGAAUGCAAAAUCGAACAGUAAUGAUACAUUUCAGUGCAAGGAGCAAGAAAUGAUAUUGAGACAGAAAACACAAGAAUUGCAGAAGAAAUGGAGAGAAACAUGUUUGCAACUCCAUCCUAGUUUUCACAACAAUAUGAGCUCUGAGAGAAUCAGUCCAUCACCCCUCUCCAUGACGGGCUUAUACAAUCCGAAUUUACUUAUGCGCCAACCAUUUCAACCAAAAUUACAGCAAAAACCCGGAAGCCUUGGUGAUGGUCUGCAGCUCAACAUCAGUUCUCCAGUAAAUCCCACAAGUACACCAGGGAGCCCAGUAAGAACAGAGCUUGUUCUAGGCCCGACAAAGAACCCGGGUAUAGCUCUAGAUAAUAAUGGUCAAAAGGAUGGCGUGAAAGACUUCCUGGGUUGCAUUUCAUCAGAAUCAACUGACAAACGUGUGACUGCAAUCCCAGAAGAUAUAGACUCGUUCAAGAGGUUGCUUAAAGGUCUGAUUGCCAAAGUGUGGUGGCAGACAGAUGCAGCAUCCGCCAUAGCUUCUACUGUAACACAAUGCAGAUUGGGGAAUGGAAAACGCCGAGUUGGUGGUGGAUCGAAAGGUGACAUAUGGUUGCUUUUCUCGGGUCCUGAUAGGAUGGGUAAGAAGAAGAUGGCUGCUGCUCUUUCGGACCUUGUUUCCGGUACGGGUCCCAUUACAAUCCCCCUCGGUUUGAGACGUGACGGGGAUGAAUCUGAGUUUAAUUACCGUGGUAAAACCGUGAUGGAUAGAGUGGUAGAGGCGAUUAGGAGAAACCCGUUUUCGGUGAUAAUGCUGCAAGACAUUGACGAGGCUGAUAUGCUAGUCCGAGGAAACAUCAAACGGGCGAUGGAAAGGGGGAGGAUUUCCGACUCCCAUGGCCGUGAAAUCAGUCUUGCAAACGUCGUUUUCAUUGUUACAUCUAGUUGGAUGCCAGAACAGGUGCAGCAGCAGAACUUAUCUACACUUAAUGAAGAAGAGAAGAUGACCUCUUUAGCUAGUGGUGGUUGGCAGUUAAAGAUAUCUAUAAUAACAGAUGAAAAGGUUGUUACCAAUAAUAAUACAGGGGGGAAAAGAAGAUCAUCACCCAGUUGGCUGAAUGAUGAUAGGUCAACCACAAAGCAAAGGAAGGAGGAAACGAGUCAAGGACUGUCAUUUGAUCUUAAUCAGAUGGCUGAUAUUGAUGAUGAUCGACUCGAUGGGUCCCACAACUCAAGUGACCUCACGGUUGAUCACGAGGAGGAUCAUAGACACGAGAACAGGGGAUCCCCCCCUACAACCUCGUCAGAAGCACCCAACGAGCUGUUAACUUCAGUAGACGAAGCUAUCUUCUUCAAAGUGGUUGAUUUUAAACCAAUCAGGCAACACAUUGAGAGGUCAAUAUUAGCAAAGUUCUCAUGUAUUACAGGAGAAGAUAAGUUGACAGUCAAAAUUGAGAGUGAAGCACUUGAGAAGAUCAUCAGUGGAAUUUGGUUAGGGCAAACCAGUAUAGAAUCAUGGAUAGAAAAGGCCUUGGUACCUAGCAUUAAUCAGUUCAAAACGAGAUUACCGGAGGGUAAAACGGUGGCUCGGCUUGAGCUUGAUCAAGAAUCUGAGAGCCGGAAUCAUGGUGACUGGCUACCGGGAAGAAUCAUGGUAGUUUCCGAUGCACAGUAAAGAGUACGGUGUAUGUAGGAGAGAUGUAUAUAUACUUGAAAAGUUAGUCUUUUGGCGGGAUAUUCGUGGGCAUUGUUCGGGUUGUCGGGUAUGGUAGGAGAAAAAUACAGUUGAGGGAAGACCAAUUACAUGGGAGGGGGAUACUAUAGAGAUGAUGAUAUAAAAAAAGAAAAUCAUUACUUGCUAAAGUAUAUGGUCUCUUUCCUUAUUAUUUAAUUUCUUUUUUGAUGUUUCACAUAAUUUUCCACAAAUUAUAUAUAAAAUAUGUUCGAUCGUAUAUAAAAUACUCCGUAGAUUCUACUAUAUAAAAAUAAAAUACUUCGUAGAUUCAACUU